CCCACCAGGAUCUCACCGGGAUCGAGGGUCAAUUGCUCACUCUUCUGGAAGUGAAGAUGCUUUGGAAAGCGCUGCUGCUUCUGCUGCUGGUCUCCAACGCCCAGGCUACUGUGUCCCGCAGGUGGAGCAGGGCCAUACUCUUCCCUGCUGCCCAUCGGCCAAAGAGAUCCCUGUCGCUGCCAUUGAAUCCAGUCCUGCAGACCUCCUUGGAGGAAGUGGAACUGCUGUAUGAGUUCCUGCUAGCUGAACUUGAGAUCAGCCCUGACCUGAAGAUCUCCAUCAAGGAUGAGGAGCUGACCUCCUUGCGGAAGGCCUUGAACUUCCGCUCUGUCUGCAAUGACGUGAUCCCGAAGCGCCUCCCAGACAUCCGCCGGCUGAGUGCCAACCUAGCCAGCCACCCUGGAAUCCUCAAGAAAGAAGACUUUGAAAGGACAGCACUGACCCUGGCCUAUACAGCCUACCGCACAGCCCUGUCCCAAGGGUAUCAGAAGGACAUCUGGGCCCAGUCUCUCAUCAGCCUCUUCCAGGCCCUGAGACAUGACUUGAUGCGGUCUUCGGGUUCCUGAGAAACUGGACCAUACCAGGACCUUGAAGCAGAGACUAGCAUACACAGCCUUCCAGAAGCUUCAUCCUCUAUUCCAUUUAUAGAGACCCAUCAAUCAAGAGGCAUGUACUGCCUACAAGGAGUAGCAAAGAUAAAUGACUCAUCCCAAUAUUCUUUGCCUCUUGUUUGCUUCUUGACAGACAUAUCUGAUCCAUGCCAUGAGCUUGAAGAAGGCUAAAGCCUUCUACAAUACUUCCAGAGACGUCAUGGUUUACCUGGUGACAUGUAGAAACCCAAGAUAUACUUCCACAUCCCCCAGAGUGAGCACUGAGGGCAGAGUCUGGGUUUGGCAGGAAGACAAGGGACAGAUUCCUUUGGUUCUAAGGGACCUAGUUGAAUGGACAUUUUCCCAGAGGUUCUAUAGUAAAUAUAAAGAACGCAGAGUUAUAGUCCAGUAAACAUGCUAUUAGCCAAGGAUAUGCUUGACUUUCCCCAAAGCCAACAAGAGGAAUUGGUUGGAAAAUCAGCAAUGUGGUGACCUCCAUGUCUUGACUCAUCAUUUUUUAAGUUAUACUGAGACAGAGAAGCAGAAAAGGGCCCACAGGAGUGCCCCCAGUUCAUCUACACCCUGUCAUUCGAACAUAGAAACCACGCUAAGGCAGAGAGCAUCCUUCUGGUGAAGGAGGUGGCACGGCCAUACCUGUCUGUCCUAGCACUAAAAUUCCGUAGCAUCAUCAGAGACUCAGGUGUUUCAAAUAAAAACCAAUUUCACAUGAUGGAUUGUUUGACCUUUUAAAAUGCUGAAUUUUUCAUUGUAAAAAUGUUUUGUUAUCUAUUCAUUAUUUAUAUUA